CUGAGUUUUGUAAGCAUGCACUGCACCCACUGUAUGCACUUUAGUCGAGCAGACGACAUCAACACAGCAACAAGCGCGCGAUAUCUACACCGGCCAAAAUUGGAGGCAUUGCGCCUGAACUUUCCGGUUGCCUUAUUACACCAGGAGGCGUGUUACGGUACGGACCUCGACUUGAGUCUUUCCUUUUCUCAGUAAACGGCUGAUCUCUGGUGUCCCCUUUUGGGAGAUUUGCAAAUGGAAGGAAGUCCUGUUUCAAAUGUAUUGCGGAAACUCGCUGUGUGUCUCUAUACUCUGAGGUCAAUUCGGUCCGGGCUUAACGGCUGUCCUCGACGUCGGUGACAAAACGCUUGCAGCUCAAGAAUAGCAACUCACAGGAAGGUUACAGGACACGAUCGUGAUGAAUUGCUGAAAGAGGCUUGAUACUUGAAGGAACAUCGACUAUCUAGACACCAAUGCUUGGUAUGACAACAAUAGCCUGAACACGAUUCUUCGAAACUUCACUGUUGAGUAAAGCUUUGAUAUUCGGCUAGUCCCUGGAAACUCGUCAUGGAGGAGCUGAAAGUGAUGUACCAAAAGCGGACACAUGAACAGAUCAAAUUCCAAGUAUACGUCAUUCCAAUUUAAAUUCAGCUGACAUUAGAGCAGUAGAGUGACAAUAUAUACAUCAGGAUUGCUUCAAAAUAGGAAAGAGAGACGGAGGAUUUUCGCAAGUUUUAUCCACCUGAGGUGUUCAUACUGUCGUUAGAUCGUGAUGAAGAUGCCGUUUGGGAGGCUGGACUUUUCUUCUCGCGCGCACGUUUAAGCGAUAGUUUCGCACCCGCUAAUGUUCUGCGUGUGCAAGCCACACUUUAAGAAGUCGCAAAAGUUGGUUGGCGAGUGUGUUCAGCUUGCCCGUCGCGCGUAUAUCGUCUGCAAAUCGUGACACACUGAAUAGGCUUAUGCCGAUGUUAUCCGGUUUCGGCCCCAAUACCGAAUUCACCUGGUUUGGAUUAUAUACUGCUACAUCCAAAACAUUUUCAUCGAAUAUCUCUGCCUAAAUCCUUUUCUACCGUCUUCUACUCCAUUUCAAAGCUAAAAUGACGGAAGGAGCAGCACGAUCAUCGCUCAUUCAGCGCAAAUGUGGAUAUUUCCUGAAUUCAACGAUGUUGUUACUGGUCUUAGCUACUUUACUGAUCAUUGCGAACUAUGGCAACGCUGCGGAUAAUCUCUCGGGAAGGACAGGCGACGGACGGGACGGAAAUACGCUUCGAUCUUCAGAAGAUGAAGACGUAGAGAAGAAAAUCUUUUCCAAAAAACCCAGAAUGAACAGUAACGACGAUGCUGAUCUAAUGCUAACUGAGGAGGACGUCGAUAAGUUCGAUGAUUACUUCGUUGAUGAUGAUGAUGACGAAGGAUUCGAUGAGGGUGUUGAAGUCGAAGAUGAUGUCCUUGAUCGCAACGAUGAUGAGAGUUCAGAAGAGGUCCUCGAUGAAGAUGAUCUUUGGCUCUUUCAAUACGAUCCAGUAGAGGUUGGUCACGUGCAAGACAUAGAAGUGGAAGACGGUGCCGUCCUCAAGAUGAAAACACUGGCCGUGAAUCCGCCAAUAUUCGAAAUCAAAAACUUUCUCAGCUCCGAGGAGUGUGAACACGUGAAGGCUCUGGCCGUCAAGAAGGGUCUCCAGACCAGUCUCACCGUGCCCGAGAAGCCGACCCUGACCGAGGCGGAGCAGGAGGAGGCACGGGAGUACUUCGGGGAGCUGGACCAGGACGAGGACGGUUUCAUGAACGGGACUGAGCUCUAUGAAGCCGUCAAGUUGUUCCCCAGCGCACAGAAAUUCAAUCUUACGACAGAACAUGUCGAGGAACUUAUCAAGGUCAAGUUGGACAAAGACGGUGAUGGUCUUCUCGACAUCGACGAGUUCCUUGAAGCUGACACACCGGCCAUGGAAGAGGAGAUCGACAAGUGGUUCGUGGUCAUCGGCAACCUGGGUGAGAACGAGAUCAAGAGAAGCCAGCCGAGGGUCAGCGAGCAGGCGUGGCUUGACCAGUGGACUACAGAAGAUGAGGUUCUUUUACGACUUCAAGACAGGGUGAUCGGUCUAACGUUACUGCCAAGCUCAAUCAUCCAAACGAGUGAACACCUUCAGGUGGUACGAUAUCAACCGGGUGGUCAUUACCAUGCUCACUAUGAUUCGGAUGAACUAGACGACGACCUCGAGUGUUCACACACCUUCGGCAUCGAAGACAGUGACGAAGAGAGGAGGUACCGCAACAGAGAUGACUUUACACAGAAGAGACUCUGUAGAUUGGCAACAGUACUUUACUAUUUGAAUGACGUAGAGGAAGGAGGCGGCACAGCAUUUCCAGUCGCCGAUAAUGAGACUUUCACAGAGGAGUCGCUGGAUGAAAUGCCUUAUGACAUCUAUGAUCUUUCCAGCCAUUGCCUUAAGUCUAACGUAGUUGUACCACCGGAAAAGGGAAAAGCAAUAUUGUGGUACAAUCACUAUUUAGACGAAACAAGGGGGUGGAUAGGUGAAAAUCGAAACCAUUCGUUACACGGUGGUUGUGACGUCAUCAAGGGAACAAAGUGGAUUGCGAAUAAUUGGAUCACCGUGGACAACCACGUUGAAAGACAGAUCAUGUUCCACGACAAGUAUUACUCGCUAUUAGAUCAGCAGUCCGGUGAAGCUCGGUAUACGUUCACCCCUCCGACGGAAGCCGGAGAGUUGGCCGAAGGGGACGGAGGGGCGACCGAUGAUGAGACGGAAACUGACGAGCCGUUACGAUAUGGGGACGGUGAUGACUUUGCGAAAGAUGGAGGGUAUGGUUCGGAAACCGAAGAUACGCGAAGAGCUACCGAACAGAUUGCAUCCGACAUCGAUGAAAAGUUUGUAAAACGCCAAAGUCACGUUGAUGGUGAGGAUGAAUUACAUUCCUACGAUCAAGAAAAGGAGAAGGAAGGAAAAGUGCAGAAUGUAUCUCACCGCAAAGCGAGAGAAAAGUUGGACGACUCAAACAAACAAUCGAAUCUUUUCUCGGGCCCGCGUAAAAGUGGGAUGGAAUUUCAAAGGAACGAUGAAUUAUAGCACGGAGAUGUAAUUCAAGACUCGAGUUUCAAAGCAAAAUACCUAAGCUCUCAUGAUUUGGUUCUACUAUAAAUGUAGAAAUUAAAGUUGUUUUGUCACCCCUGAGAAAAUAAGGGGGGGGGGGGGGGGUGAAUGCUUUCUAACGUGGGCUCUGCUUUAUAACGGAAAUAUAUAAUACUCUUGACAUAAUUUCAAGCGACAGGUAACAUAGAGCAGCUUCCGGUGAAUGCGAAGCCUCAAAUUAUUUUGAUUAAAUUAAUAGAUUUUUUCUAGGUGGGAAUCACUGUUCUAACUAUUCCGAACAAGGCAUGUUUUUUUUCUUUUGAAUAUGAGAAUCAGAUAUCGGUAAUAUUUGUAAAGAAAUUUCGACAAGCAUCCAGUAUAGUAAUAAAACCCAGGUGCUCGAUCUUUAACAAUAAACAACAAGAAAACAAGAUCGAGCACGCGAUGUUCAUUUCCUGGGUGCAAGCCGAAUUUUUUUUCAAAUUGAAAUUAUUUUCCAGGAAGCCUAACAUUCAAAGCUAUCCGUAAUAUGUUUGUACCUCUGUGCGAUCUAGAGGUGUACUCCAUGUAACAUCAUAUAUUAAAUUGCCCUUAUUGUAUAAUUAUGUUUCCUAUGACAUUAUGAUGAAAAUUUGUUGUGCUGCAUUUUGCAAACUGUUUUUGAGACGGGAUUCUUCUCCUCAAAUUUUGAACAUGUUGAGCAGUUUGAAUGACGACAUUAUGGGCAUAUUUUUGAGGCCCAACAAAAUAAUCAUCCACAAUGUUAAAAUUGAUCAUGAUGGGACAAAUCAUUACCCAAUGUGUAAAGAAUUUCUAAAGGUGGUAGAAUAAUUGGGUAUUUUCUUCCCAUUAUUUCCCAAAGUGUACAUAUUCACUAUAAUCAAAUUAUAUUGAAUUAAACAACAGAAUAGAGCUAGAGCCUUUGAUUGCCCGGAGUGCGAAAGAAAGUUUAGUUCGGUAUACAUGUAUUCAAGCGAAUGAAUUCAAGCUAGUGAAAACAACCGAUUCUGCCGUUCCAAAAAAUGUCAUCGGGCUUCAUCUUAGUUUCGAUUGCAAUGUCAGAAAAAUGAUCAUUGUUUUUAUUUGCGAGUUUAUAAGGAAUAUUGCUGACUCCAUAAACCAAGAAAGUGAUCGUAUUUGUAACCGAGUACAAAAAAUACCUAUGGCCUGCAAAUUUUAUUGUGUGUGUACGUGUUUUACCUAGAAGUACGUAGCAUUUCUAUUUUUCUAGAGAGAUUUAGAUUAACCGCGCCUUUCUGCUCUCGACUCACGUUUUAUGCGCAUGGUAUAAAUAAUGAUGGUGAUGAUCUGAUGGUGAUGGUGAUGAACUGAUCAUAUAUUUUUUUUGACAAAUGGGAAGUGCAAUUUUUAGCUAUACCGCGGAUGGAGAAAAAAAAAGCUUACAUUACUAAUACCACAUUUUGAUACGUGCUUGUAAAUAUUUAUUUUUGCUGAUGGAAAUAGCGAAUCACAUAGUACUUUGAUAUGCGUAUGAAAAGCCCGAGUACUUGAUUAAAUGCUUCAAUCAUUCCAA